AUGAAUAGUUUGCUAUAUUACCUUAAACAGUUCAAGGGGUAUGCUUUAUUUGGAAACUUAAACAGGUCAAGGGGUAUGCUUUUUAAGCAACAUUAAACAAGCUUAAUACUAGAUAUAUUUUUUAAUUGUACACAUUGAGUCAACGAAACUAUAGAAUGAUUUUAAAUAAUGUGAUUGAAA